GAUGAAAGUUUGGAGUGGAGAUUUUGUGUUCGUAAUUGUUAUUACUUUGAGCUUUGGACUGCUUUUCAAUUCGGAAGACGAUAAAAUUUCGAAUAUCAUGAGUGAUUCGCUAAUACAACUUCUGUCAGGAACUGAUUAUACAACGGUGCAUUUGUAUAUGCAUUCAUCGAUUGGCUUUUGUAAUGGCUUUGCAAAAACCUUUUUAUCCAUGUAUAAUGGUUCAGUGAAGAUUAACACUACAAGCUUCACUAAAGGUGAUUCUGUUAUCAUGAUCCUGGAUUGGAAUAUGAUCAAAUCCACGACAUAUGAUCACUUAAAAGGAAUAAGGAUGCUCAUAUUGAUUGCAUGUAUGACAAAUAAAACACAGAUUCGACCAUUGAUUCCAGAUAGUUUAACGGAAUCAAUGAUUACUAGAAUUGCAUUUGUUACAAUCGUUCAAUCAGAUAUUCCAAACGUUGCUGAUAUAAAUAUAACAUUUUUGGAAAGGAUUAGAACAAGAAAUUGUGAAAUAUUCAACAUUUUCACCGUACCAUUGAAUCAGACUUUGAGUCACCGAUCAGCCAUCAUAAAUUCCUCAGUUGGACAACUAUCUAAGAAUUUCAAAGGAUGCUCGAUGGAUAUUGGAAUAGUCCUACUAGCGCCAUUCACUGUCCUGCCUCAAAAAUAUGGUUCUGCAGAGUACUCUGGUCUGGAAGUUGAAUUAUUGAAAGUUAUAGCCAAUUAUUUCAAUUUCAAAAUACGUUUCACUCCACCACCGAAUGGAAUGCAGUGGGGUGAACUGCGAGAAAACGGGAGUACUGGUUUAAUGGGAAUGAUACAGGUUGGUAGUGUAGAUUUUGCUGUCGGUUCAAUUGGAAGAUCCCUUGUUAGAAAUACGCUACUACAAGCUGGGAUAGGAAAUUUUUACGAUCAUGUUAUUUUCGCUGUUCCACCUGGGAUACCAUAUACUCCUAUGGAAAAGUUGACUAUGCCUGCAACUUUGAAUGCUUGGGUUUUUGUAAUGGUCUCGUUCAUAUUUUGUUCAUUACUUUUUUCAAUUGAUAUAAAAGACCAGUUCCUUCGAAUCCAGUUUGAUAAGCGUGACACAUUAUUCAUUUAUACGUGGUCGAUACUGAUGGGUAGCGUUAUGCAUAAACCUCCUGUAUCAUUUUUCAAAAGAUAUGUAUUGAUUGGAUGGCUGACAGUUACGCUAGUUCUUCGAAAUGCCUAUCAAGCAUUAUUGUUCAACAACUUAAGACGAGGAGUUGAAUUUGAACCCAUAUUAAAUCUAGCAGAUAUUGAUAGAGCGGAGCUCUAUUAUUACAUGUACAACAUCACGCAAAGAUUUUUUGUUCGAAAUCCCCACAUUCUCGAACGGUCAGUCAUAAUGAAGGACAAUAUAUCGCUCCAAGGAGUUCUGGGAAAUAUUGCGGAUAACAAAUUGAAGGCCGCUUUUCCGUUACCGAAAUCAAAUGUGGCGUUCUUCAACAAGCAACGGGUGUUCAGAUCGAAGGUUCACGUUACUCAAUACAUCAUUGAAACCUACGAGGUAGCAAUACACUAUUCCAAAGGAUCUCCACUGGCUGAGCUGUUCGAUGCAGUGAUUUCAAGAGUACGAGCAGGUGGUUUUCAUGAAUAUUGGAUGCAACGGUAUCAAGGUCCGAAACUAGACCCAUCAAUAGAGCCUAAGCAAUUGAGUGUACAGAGUCUCAUGGGAGUUUUUAUGAUUCAUGCGAUAUUAUGUGUAUGUUGUUGCAUUAGUUUUGUCACUGAAAUGAUUGUUGGAAAAGUACAAACUAUGUAUUAGUUUAUUCAAAGAAAUUUGAGUGUCAUGAAUAUAAACAAAUUCACAUAAUGUAAAAAUAUUUUGAAUCAUAUUAGUAUAAGUAUUAGUUAAUUUUUCUAUUAAUAUCACCAAUAAAUUUUUCAUAGAUCACACAAAAUGUUUCUUAGAUUACAUCAAAUAAAUACGUUUUUGCAGGCACUGAAAA